AUGGCCAUUCUCAAGUCUUCCACCUGCUGCGGCAAGGGCAACACCGAAUGCGCCUGUGCCAAGCAGGCUACCUGUUCCUGUGGCAAGCAGUCUGCUCUCCACUGCACCUGCGACAAGGCGACGAGCGAGAACACGGUCCAGGGACCUCGCUGCUCGUGCCGCGCCAGGCCCGCCGGCGAGUGCACGUGCGACAGGGCCGCCACUGAGAACACGAAGCCGACAGGCUCGACAUGCCAGUGUGGCUCCCGUCCUGCAGGAGGGUGUACUUGCGAAAAGGCCAGCGAUGGCAAAUUCAACCCGGCGAAUGAGAUUGAUUUCACGAGCUCCAAGUGA